AUGAACAGCGAUCAUUUUGAGAAGCAUAACUCAAACAAACACAAGGGUCUCGGCACCUCAAAAGUUGUGGUUGAUCUGGCUCAAACAACGCUUCAAUUUUGCAACAAUAUACAUGGAAAGGUAAAAAUAAAUUCCCUUAUGGCUGAUACCGCUAUGGUUUUAACGGGAACUAAUUACAAUCUGUUGUUAAUUUCAGAAAGAGUUACUUCCAGUUUCAGUAGCUACAGUUAGGCUACCGACAACACUAUAAAUCGCCAGUCCGAAGAGUCAUUCAGUGAUACAGUUUUAGAACACCAGGAGGAUGUAUUUCAAAAGGUAAAUAAAGUUUAAACAAGAAUUAGGAAAUUUUCUUUCGAAUUUAUAAGAAUAUAACUAAAUUUUGUUAUUAUAAAUUUGAAUACCGUCAUUAUACACAGGAAGUUCAAAUUGAACAUGUUGAUGAAGAUGAAGUAUUGAUGCAUGGAGAAUUAGUCCUUGAAUUUGAUCAUCAUGAAACGGCAGUUCAUAACAUAUGUAAUGACGAAAGAGGUGAUGAGUGUAAUACAACGGUGUCUUAUGACGAUGUGAACCAGGCACAGGCAGUAUCAACAAUAUUGUCAAUUUCAGAAUCAGAGGAAGAAGAGGUGAUUGUAAUUCUACUUGUAAUAGACGUUACACUUACAUGGAGUGCUAGUUUCAUGGAACUUUUUCAAAUGUUGUUUUUGAUAUUUUUUAAACUUUACCGCAUAAAAAAGUACGGAAAAUAUCUGGUAUAAUUCCAAAUUAUUUCCAACCUGCUUAGAAACUCGCAAAAAACGUUAUCUAUAUUUUUUCUUACAAUCUUACAUGCUAUAUGUAUAGCUCACUCUUUUAACUAAUCCUCAUUGCCGCCUUAUACACUACAUUUAUCUUUUACUGACAACAGAUUGACACUGACAGUGAAACAAUUAACACAAAUUAUGGUAGAGCACGCGAUGAUCCUGACAUACAAGUCUCAGAUGAUCCAGAGAUUCCUUGGAUAGUCCAUGCAGCAGAAAUCAAGCGAUUAGUAGAUUACUCUCACCAGUGCGAUAGUAUUAUAACAAAAGCUUUAUCAUCUGAGGUUAUUUACCCUGAAGAACUGUUGACAGAUGUACGUGAGGCAAUUUCAAAAGUAAGAGAACAUUCAACAAAUAUGGAGAAAAACUGUGCAACUACGCUUCACAAAAUUCGUGAAAGUAACCUAGAAAUUGGCAUGGCUCAAGUUGACGCUGAUUUUACCUCUCUUCAAGAUCCUGCUGACCGCCCUCGGACACUCAGCGACCAACAGAAACAAAAGAUCAUCGAGAAUGGCCCCUACCAGCCAAAGUUGAAGCGUUAUCCAGAAAGCCAAGACAUCUCAACAGAAAAACAGUGUAGAUUUUCAAGCGGGUGGUACAAGGAAUAUCCACAUCUAGAGUAUAGCGUGAAAGAAGACACAGCCUCGUGUUUUGUUUGUUGUCUAUUUCCAACUGGAGUUGGUAGAGAGCGAUCUUCUGAUGCUUGGGUUAAAGGCGUUAAAGGAUGGGACAAAAUGAAAAGCGUCGGCAAGGAAAAGAAAGGGAAAUUAGCACAGCACUUCUCAAGCCAAGCGCAUAAAGCUGCAUUAAGCGAUCUUGCCCAAUUUGCACACAACAUAAAGCAUGUCGAUGUUAUGCUCAAUAAGCAAUUGAGGGCGGCCAAAAUUCAAGAGGAAGAAAACAACCAACGAAACCAGGAGAUAAUAAAGAUAUUAUUGGACAUCGCUAAAACAUUAGGAAGACAACAACUGGCAUUCAGAGGCACUAAUGAUGAUGCUGAUGGAAAUUUUCUCCAAAUAACAAAUCUUGUGGCGCGCCAUAAUAGCCAUUUAAAGAAUUGGUUGUCAAAUGAAAAGAUGAAGCCAUAUUCUAUGAAAUAUUUAUCUGCUAUCUCUCAAAAUGAAUUCAUCAACAUCAUUGCUGAAGAUGUCAAAGGCCGAAUUGUCAAUGAAAUUGAAUCUGCAGGAAUGUAUUCAGUUAUGGCUGACACCUCCCCUGACACAGCAAAUACUGAUAGACUUGUCGUGGCGGUGCGGUAUGUCAAUGAAGAAAAUCAGCCUAAAGAACGAGUUUUAGAAAUGAAGGAAACUAAGGACAAGUCUGGUGAGGGUCAAGCGAAAGAAGUCUUGCAGUCGCUCAACUCAAAAAUUGGAAGCCAAGAUGGACUGGUUUAUCAGUCCUACGAUUACACUGCGUCCAUGUCAGGGAAAUUCAAAGGAGCCCAAAAAUGCCUGCAAACAUUGAUAGGCCGUAGCGUCCCGUACAUUCCAUGUCAGGGUCACCGAUCUAAUACAUUUAUCGAACACUGCUCUAAAACAACGUUGUUUACUCAGAUGUAUGACCUAUUGGAAGCACUCUAUGUCUUCUUCAGUAAAAGUUGCAAGCGAGAUGGUGUUCUUCGUAAAGAGCUAAAGGAAAUAGAGAAUGCACUUAAGCUGCGUAACCUUUCCAAGACUCGCUGGGUGUACAGAAGCGAAUCUAUAGAAGCCAUGUGGAGAUCAUUCGAAGCCAUCAAAGACGUCUUGUUGACCUUAUCGACGAUGGACGGCGUUGAUUCAUCGGCACAGACCAGGGCCGCUUCUCUUCACGGCAAAGUUCUAAAAUUCGAUUUCAUGUUUGCGUUGAUGUUUAUGCGUUUGGUUAUGAAGAUUACCAAAAUACUUACCAUUCAAAUGCAGAAGGAAGAGCUUAACAUUUUAGAUGCUCUCAUGGCAAUCGAAGAAACUGUUGCUUCUUUAGAAACGAUAAGAAGAAACGAGUCAGAAAUGAAUAACCAAGUGAAAGCUAGUGUUGAAUUUUCAAAAUCGUUCGAUCAGGAUCCUGAAGAGGACUUUCGUCGCAAAGGAGUGAUAAGGAUGAGCAGACGACAGGAUGACAACCCAGAUACCGCAGCUUCCAUUGAGUUUUAUGCGCACUACCGAAAGUUUAUGAUUGAAGUACUCGAUUCACUUAUUACAGAGUACAAAGAAAACGUCCAACAAUGCUUGGAAAAGAUUCAACCUCUUGCAGACGUUCUUCAACCUCCGAUUACAAGCGUGGAUUUCGAGCAAGCCGAAGAAAUCUCCAAGUUGUUUCCGCCAUCUGAGACUGUCGAUCCUGCUUGUCUAGAAGCAGAAUUUGAAAUAUUUGCACAGGUCGUUGGCAGGAGCCAAGAUCCUUUCAAGUCCGUUAAUGAUGUCUGUAAUCUGGCAUAUGAACACAAGUCGAUCUUUCCUUCCAUUUUUAAAGUAUUUAAGCUUUUGUUUACUGCCCCAGUCAGCGUGGCAAAAGAUGAGAGGACGUUCAGCAAGAUGAAGAUCAUCAAGAAUUUCCUGCGAUCAACCAUGUCAGACGAACGUCUCGAAGAUUUGAUUGUCUUAGCAGCUGAAAAGGAUUUAACAGACAAAGUCGAUCUGGACGAAGCUCUGAAAGUGUGGGCUAGCAAAAAGAAUCGGAAACUGAAGAUUAAAUUCUAA